UGUCGCCGGCGUGCAGAAGCUUGUGGCAAAUGAGAGGGAAGCAAGAAUAUACCAAGCAUGGGAGCAGCACCGGGACGACGGCGAUAUGGCGGCUGCUGCUGCUGCCGCCUCUGCUAGUUCUCAUUGUGCUCAAGACUGGGUUCCUGCCGCAGGUCACUCGCUUUCGGGAGACAGGAUUCACCAAAGUCAGAGACGAAAUGGUUCACAAGGUUUCAACUUUAGGUCUGGACGGUGCAAGGUGGCAGGAGCCAUCACAUGACAAGGUGAAGCGAGAAACUGCAAAAGAGUACAACAAACCACACCAAAUGUUGGCUGCAAACAGCGCAAAAGAUACUUCAUUGAUAAAUUCAGAUGUGGCAGCACCAAUCAGCAAGUUAACAUGCAACUUCAGCAAUGUUCACUCUGACACCUGCACAAUGGAAGGCGACCUACGAAUCCAUGGCAAAUCCGCCACAGUCUAUGUCGUCUCAGCAUCUACCUUCCGGCUGGAGAAUUCAACGAUCAAGGUGCAGCCAUACACGAGAAAGUGGGAGAAAGAGACCAUGUCGAGGAUCCGGGAGGUCACCAUGCGAUCCAUGGCUCCAGCACCUUACAGUUUCACUAUCCCACCGCGAUGCACGGUCAGGCACGACGUGCCAGCAGUGGUCUUCUCCACCGGUGGCUGCGGUACAAACUUCUUCCAUGCCAUGAGCGACCUCAUCGUCCCCCUAUACAUCACGUCCCACGAAUACGACGGCCGCGUCCAGCUUCUCAUCACCGAUUAUCAACCCAAAUGGGUUGCCAAGUUCAGGCCGAUCCUCGCCGCUCUAUCCAUGUACCCCGCGAUAGACUUCGAUGCCGACACCGCCGUGCGCUGCUUCCCGUCGGCGCAUGUUGGGUUGGAGAGUCACAGGAUGCUUGGGAUCGACCCUGACCUCUCCCGGAACGGUUACACCAUGAUGGGAUUCCGUGACUUCCUCCGGUCUACCUUGUCGCUGCAGCAGCCAUGGACGGCCCCUAUAAACAGGAGCUCUGGACGGAAGCCCCGGCUCGUCAUGGUUCUCCGGCGCCACUCAAGGGCAAUAACGAAUGAAGCCGAUGUCAUCACCUCCAUGGUAGACUUAGGCUUUGAGGUGGUUGCAGCAGGACCAGAGGACGUCAGUGACAUGCGCCAAUUCGCCGGGGUGGUGAACUCCUGCGACGCGAUGGUGGGCGUGCACGGCGCUGGGCUGACCAACAUGGUGUUCUUGCCUCACAACGCCACGGUGGUGCAGAUCAUUCCCUGGGGAGACAUGAAGUUGGCGUGCAGGUAUGACUUCGGCGAUCCGGUGCCGGAUAUGGGGCUCCGGUAUGCAGAGUACGAGGUGACCGCGGAGGAGACAACCCUGAACGAUAAGUAUCCCAGGGACCAUCCCGUGUUCACAGACCCAGCUUCGUUACACCGCCAGGGUAAACUUUGGGAGAUCUUCCUGCAGGGCCAGAACGUCACCCUGGACAUCGGCCGGUUCAGAAGAGUCAUGCAGCAAGUGUACCAGUCCAUCACAACGGAGUAGAGUAGAAGGAAUGCAUGCAUCAAGCUGUCUCUGAAGUGGUACGGAUCAAUGUGUAAUUUUCAUCAUCUUUUUAGGUUUCGUUUUUCAGCUCCUAGCUAUUGUCACUCAUUAGUCACAGUAUAGUUUAUGAAAAUAAUGGCAGAAGUGUUAAGAGGGUUGCAGAAUGGCAUAGGCCGAGAUAAGCGCAUGCUUGUCUUGGCACGAAUUUUAUUAUUUAUGAAUGAGGAGGGGCAAGCCCCUACUGUGUUUAGUUCGGGAAAAAGUUUGAAUUUUGGUAAUGUAGCAUAUUUCAUUGUUAUUUAA